GGCCAUAUAGUGCCCGGAUGCGGAAGUGCGGCGGUCACUUCCUGCUUGUGCGCGGCGGCGGCUGGUUGGAGCGACUGAAGGCGCGCUGGGACCAUGCCUCGCAAGAUUGAGGAGAUCAAGGACUUCCUGCUGACAGCACGGAGGAAGGAUGCCAAGUCCGUCAAGAUCAAGAAGAACAAGGACAAUGUGAAGUUCAAGGUGCGCUGCAGUCGGUACCUCUACACCCUGGUCAUCACUGACAAGGAGAAGGCCGAGAAGCUGAAGCAGUCCCUGCCCCCAGGUCUGGCCGUGAAGGAGCUGAAAUGAGCCGGGAUGGGCCGUUCCCCUGUUGGAUCCUCUGUGUUUGUUACAAUAAAUAAACAAAUAAGUAAAUAAAACACU